GAAUGGGGCAGUUACCAGCUUUCACCAUGCCUCUGAGCAUGUCAGGAAUGACUUUCCCCGGAAUGUCUGGGUCGUUGCCGGGAGUAACCAUGUCAGGAGCACCCUCAUCAAUGCCAGCAAUGGGCCUCUCAGCUGUUCCUUCAACGUUACAAAACUUUUCCAUGGCAGGGCCAGCCCUGAUGGGGCCUAUGAUUCCCACAACUUCAUCAAGUCAGGGGCCACAACUCCAGGCAACACAAGGGGCACAAUUCAGCUCAGUUCAAGAGACAUCACUCUCAGCAAACCCAGUGUUUGCACCCCAAACAUCAGAACCACAUAUUGCAACUAAAACAAAUUCAACAGAGGCUUCGCCGGCAACAUAAUUUUGAAACACUUAGAAUUUAGAUUAAUUUAAUCAUCAAUAUAAAAUUAUCAUUUGAAGGACUAUUGUAUUUAUUACUUUAUUUUCUUCUCUUUGCAUUACUUUUCAUAUCAGAAAUCAUAAACAUAACUAUGCUAUGUUUUCAAUAACUAAUAUUUGAGAUGUUCUGUUUUCAAACGGUUGUAGCAGUUAAAGCAGGUGUUUAUAUAUUUGCCUUGUUCUUAGAAAACAGGGCUUAAUGCAUGUGUGUUUGGUGUCUUUCCAAUCUAACCUGUGCUGUCUGCACAGGCCUAUCAGGGACGCCACUCUCUGCCUAAACUAAAUUUUUAGUUAGACAAUUGUGCCUUUUAACAAAAAAUCCAUCAAACCAAUAAUUUUCCUUUCUUAGACUGUGCGGACGUCACAGAACAUACUUGCGGGGUUAUAUCCCAAUACUGCACAGGCUAAUCUGGGUCAAUACUUUACACACAUGCAUUAAGUCCAGUUUUCCCAGAACCAAAAUUUGAAGAUGCAAUGAAGUGUCAGAAAGUAAAGUUAUGUUCGUAGAGAUAUACUGUUCAUAUUUAUGAAAUGUAUUUGUUGGACACUGUGUAUUUAUGUUUAUAAUGUCAUUGAAAAAUAGCCAUGAGUAUUUGUUAAAGAGUUACUGCUAAAUGACUUGAUUAUUGUUUGUGUUGAAUGUGUAAUGUUUUGAAAUGGCCGAUUUACAAAGAAUCAACAUUAUAACAGUACACCAUUUUUGAGGAAUUUUGUCAUGAUACAGUUGUAAUUGUUAGUAGAAAAAUUAAAAUCUAGUUCCUGUUUUAUGAAAGGCCUUUUACAAAUAUCAUUUACCAGAGAAAUUUGUUGUUUAUGAACAUAUGAACAUUAUUAUUAAAUGGAAGAUUUAAAACCAACUAAUAUUAGAAUUCAGGAUGUCUGGAUUUUUCUUUUCUUGCGA